AUGGAUGGAAGCACACAACUUCUAUAUAACUUCGUCGGACUACUUGGAUCAGCCACAGGGGCGUUGGUCGAUCUUGCUCGGACCUUCCAAACGCCUUCUCAACCACCCAAUAACCCAUUUCUAUCCCUUCCAUACGACGUCCACUGUGAGCUACUAUCAUGGCUCGCAGCCCUCGAUCCCCCCUCUUUCUCUCGGGACCAGCUGCGCGGGUAUCGCGUCAAGCAUCUUGGGUGGAUUGCGCUCGCUCAGACAUGUCGGAGUCUGAGGCUGGUCGCCCUCGAACAGCCACAGCUUUGGGCACGAGUAGUCUUGGUACCGACAUCCGAGCAGGCGCGCUCGAUCUUCUUGGAACGCUCUGGUGAAGCUGGUUUGACCUUUCGCUUCAACGGAAACCUUCGCCAUCCCUCGGAACACGGAUGGCUCAUCCAGCGGCCCGGGUUCUCGCAAAUUAUUGGGAAUUCGAGCGAUCUUGACUUCUGCGCCCGACAUCUCCACCAGGCCGCGGAGCUCAGCAUCUCGGUUCCCGUUCAAUGGCUCAGUAAUCUAACGGGGGCGCGCCUACCGCUAUUGCAUACUUUGCACCUCUGUGCAUCGGACGCCGCUUUCACGGAUGUUCCCCACAUGCCCUCUGAGUGGCUCGAGGCUCCCAACCUCAUCGGUGCAGCAUUCUGUGACACCAAGCUUCCCCUCUAUGCUCCCAAGCUGCGUUUUGUAGCGUUGCAAAACUGCAACUGGGUCCAGCAACCAGAUACGAUCCCUCCAUCCGCCAUUUUUGGCCAGUUACGUGCCGCCCCGCUCCUAGAAGAGGUCAAGCUCCAUAACGUCCUCACGCGGAACGACUAUCCACUAGUCAUGGAUGAAGGAUCUCCCAUUGAGCUGCCCUUUCUGAAGCGGUUUUGCUUUCGAGGUUCACUAUCGGGGUUGGAAAGCCUCAUGGCUAUCCUGAGGAUACCCAGCAACGUGUCACUCGACAUAGAGUUCUGCGGCGAUUUCCUCACACCCCCAGUGGAGACGUGUCCGUUGUCGACUCUUGUGCGCAGAUUGGGAACGAACUUUCACAAGCACGCCGAUCCCACCAUGCGCUUCUUUGAGCUAUCGGUUUAUGACGGAGUUCCUGGAGAGCUCCCGUAUGCCUGGCCAGGCAUGUCGCAGACACCAUGGACGCGUAUCAACCCUGCUCGUAUGGAGAUAGACCGGAGUCAAGUUCUCAACAUGUGCAUCCCGCGCUUGUCAGCCGCAGGAGUAUCAGUGCACCCGAGCGAGCCUGUAUACGCUCCCGAAUUGCGCGCAGCCCUCUACAUGGGCGUGUUUACGCCAUUCAACGGGUCCCAACUCCGCAUGCUCGCCCUUCGCCACAUCAUCCCGAAGCUCCCGCUCGAACGCGUACUUCACCUGUUACGCAGUUCACCCUGUCUUUCGGAGCUGUAUCUCGAUGAGGCGUUCAGUGCUACAGCCGAAGAGCUUAUGCUUGGCGAUGCGGACGACGUGGCCUUGCCGAGUCUGGCAUACGUAGUGUACCGUGGCGCCUUCAGCACGUUCAAGGCGUUGUGGACGCGUCUCGAUGUUCCCGCGACGAUGUCCCUUCAUCUGGUUUUCCUGGGCGAGCAGAUCGCGAGCUCACCAGAGGAUCGUCAGUUCUUGGGUACACUGUGCGCACAGGAUACGCGCAGCACUACGCUACGCCUCUCGUACCUCGAUCUUGACUGGAGUCUACACGGCUACUUUGUACACUGCGCGUCGCGACGCGUCUCUGGUACCGCAAAGCGAUAUACUACCUUCACGGAGCAGCACGUCUCACCCGGCGUCCAUCUCUGCUUGAACCAGCUCCGGUCCAAAGGAGAACACUCGUACAUGUACCAUAACUCGCAAACUGUCAUGGACACUCUGCUGUCUACCAUCGAUUGCGACAAAGUCGUCGCCGUCGAGUUUGACUUCGCUUCACUCGCGCACCUUCGCGGGGAGAUUAAGACCGUCUUGGAAGGCUCUUUGCGCCGCCUCCUCCACGUUCGACGCAUCGCUAUCUGCCACAGCGCCCCAUUGGGACAGUUGUACAACAUCCUUGCCACGACCGGCGCUGCAUCAUUGGGCACCCGCGCAACGCAUUGUUUCCCGCAGCUUGACAGCAUCAUGGAGCGGCAACCCACCCAAGACGAUCGGGUUUGGAUGGAUGAGCACCGCAGACUGCACGGGUAUCCGCAGACGCAGUGGGCCGCAUUGCAGGGGAUGGUGAGGGACAGAUUGUGGUUCAAUAAACCCAUCCGUUAUGUGGAGGUGCUGAAGCCUCUCAACUUCCUCUCAUGCGGCGAAGACCCGGACGUGGCAGCGACAAGCUUUGAGGACAAUCUUGCGUACACGCUUACUCUCGGCUGUGAUGUACUCGUCGGCGAACUGUCGUAG